AUGCCACAUUUGCAUAUAAAUAGAGGUGUCCACCUCUACACACUGCCAGACCUUGACGAGAUCGACUUCGCAUACUACCAGCCUCAACCCUUCCCUGAACAUGAUAAAUGCAUGAGCCUGACCAAAGCCAGGAGACGUCGCAGGCAGCGCAU